AACUUUGCGCCCCAACCAAACGAUCCCUUAGUGACCUAAUGAACUAACGCCUCCGUCUCUACUUCUCCCAAAAAAACUCACUCCUCUCUCUCUCUCGCUAAACUUUACCUUCGCGUCUACGCAAUUUAUUACUCUCUCCCAUUUCCCUCUUUCCCAUAUCUUCCAUAUUCCCAAAACUCCAAGCUCUGUUCCCUUCCUGCACAGCAAAUGCUUAGCUUUCAUUGAUUUUCCCGGUAUUAAUUCCCGGGAGUUGAAUUCAGUGACACCCAAUUGAGUUUUUCGUACAAGAAAAUGCAUCACAACGGCGAACCACCAGUUCAGCAGCCGUCUACGGCCCAAACCUUUGACCAAAUCAACCAACUUUUGUCUCAUUUACUACCCUUUUCUCUUUCUGUCAACUCAUUCACUUCACGUUGGCAAGUUCUCCGCUCCAAACUUGCUACUGUCAAGUCACUUCUGAAUGAAAUUGCCGAUUCCCCUCACUGGUCGGAGAACGAGCUCUUACCCACACUCUUACCUAAUCUGCUCUCUACUUUGCUUCGUAUUCAGAUUUUAUGUGAGCAAUGUUCUGACCCGAGGAAGACUCCCGGUAAGCUGUUGAUGCAAUCGGACCUAGAUAUGGCUUCCGGAUGGUUGGCUAAACAGAUCCAUCAUCUCGACCUUCUUUGCCGUUCCGGCGUGCUCCGUCAGUCUACUGCCAUUGUGCUUUCGCACCCUUCAUCUAAUUCUACCAAAGAUGAUUUGAUCCUUUUUAUCAGAGAUGUUUUUACUAGAAUUCAGAUUGGUGGUGUUGAGUUCAAGAAGAAGGCCUUGGAAUCGCUGAUACAGCUGCUUUCUGAGGAUGAAAAAUCAGCUGGGCUUGUUGCGAAGGAAGGGCAUGUUGGGUAUUUGAUUAAUUUACUUGACGUUAACACGGAUUCUGCUAUACGUGAACAAGCAGUUCUUGCGGUGUCAAUGCUUGUUUCCUUGAGUGAACAAGCAAGGAAAUGCGUGUUUGAAGAGGGUGCUUUAGGGCCUUUAUUGAGGAUUAUCGAGUCUGGUUCGAUUACGAUGAAGGAAAAGGCUGUGUUGGCAGUGGAGUGUAUUACUAAUGACCCUGAAAAUGCUUGGGCAAUUUCAGCUUAUGGUGGUGUCCCUGUACUUCUGGACUUAAGUAAAUCUGGGUCGAUUUCUGCGCAGAUUCAUGCUGUUGGGGCUAUCAAGAAUGUUUCCACGAAUGAAGAUGUUCGGAUUGCGUUAGCAGAAGAAGGUGCAAUUCCUGUUCUUUUACAGUUAAUGGUUUCGGGGAAAGCAUCAGCACAAGAAAAGGCAGCUAAUUGCGUUGCGAUUCUUGCUUCAUCUGGUGAGUAUUACAGGGAUUUGUUAAUUCAAGAAAAGGGGUUGCAAAGAUUGCUGCAUUUGCUCCAUGAAUCAUCUAGUUCUGAUACAUUAGAAUACGUUUUACGGGCAAUUCAUUCGUUAUCUUCUUCUGAUUGUGCGUCAAGGAUACUUUCAUCAUAUACUACAUUUACUAUUCAGUUAGCGGAGCUUAUAAAGCAUGGUAGCUUAAUGCUACAGUAUAUUUCCGCUUCAUUGCUUGCAAAUUUAUCCGUUGGUGAGGAAAAGAAGAGGGCUAUUUCUGGGUGUAUGGGGUCUUUGGUGAAGCUGAUGGAAUCAGCUAAACCAGAUGGGCUGCAAGAGGUGGCGGCAAAUGCGUUAGUUUCACUGUUGGCUGUGAAGUCGAAUAGGAAGGAAUUGGUUAAGGAUGAGAAGAGUGUGAUGAAGUUGGUCCAAAUGUUGGAUGCCAAGAAUGAUGUGGUCUCGAAGAAGUUUCCGGUGGCAGUGGUGGCGGCAAUCAUGGCGGGAGGGAGCCAGGGUUGUCGAAAGCGGUUAGUAGAGGCCGGAGCAUACGGGCAUUUGCAGAAGCUGGCGGAGGCAGAGGUUGCCGGAGCUAAGAAGGCCUUGCAGAGACUCUCAGGCAAUAGGUUAAAGAGCAUAUUCACAAGGACAUGGAGUAAUAAUUAGUAAAGCCACUAAACCCCGCCAACAAAAGGUGGUUGUUUGAAUUUUUCCCAACUGUCAAAUGUGUAAAACCAACUCAUUUCCUUCAAAGAAACCAGCAAUCACUACCCGCUCGGUAUACCCAACUUUAACCUUAUACUAUAUUGUUCUCAAUUAUUAGAAAAAGAAAAGAAGUAAAAAAAAAAGUUGAAUUUAUUCUAAACUAUAUAACACAUGGCAUGGAUGCGGUUUUUAGGGAGUAUCCUUGUUUGUUUAUUUUUAUUUUUUAAUUUUUCAUGUUUUGUUUCACCAUGUGAAGCUUUGUAAGCGAGUGAUAAUAGAUAGGGAUUGCACCCCCCACCCCCUCUUUUUUCCCCAUCGUAGGCAUCGGUUGAUAUUGUAUAUUCAAAGAUUUGUUUUUCUUGUAAUGGCCAAGCCUUAAUUACAAAGUGUGCAACUUGUCUCUCUUAAAUUUAUCGUUUUUUUAUUGGUA